AUGCCUCACACGAGCAGGAGGAAAAAACAAAAUGAUCGCGUUAAACGUACCGAAGUUGUCGGGAACGAUGGAUGGACUAGGAUCACAACCACAGCACAAUUGAAGGCACAGCAGGGCCCUCCCCACACCACGGUUCAGACUCACAGCGCUGCUGAAGGAACCUUGAACGAGCCAUUCAAGGACAUUGAUUUCGACCUUCAAUCUGAACGGACAUACCCAUCUGCUGACGUCAGCAUCGACACCAUAAUGAAGAAAUUUGAUAAGGCUAAGAAUCAAUGGCUAGCCUCACCAUCUUGUGCAGCGCUUCAAACAGCAAUAGGGGAACAUCUAGACAGAAGUCGGACGGUGGACAACUGCACAAUCUUCGGAUCCGGUUCCUACUGCGGGCUUCGACAAGGCUGGAUUGAAAGGUUCGAGGUUGCCCUUGUCCAGACCGCGAUAUUCUUAUCCGUUGUCGAUACUAUUGGUAAGGCCCGCUCCUCAAGCAACUCAAUCAAAAAGGCUGAUAGCAUCACAGAACGUCUGCAAGAAUCUCGGCCACGCUGCUUCGCUCAAGAGCCAACAUACAAUUCUUUAGACCACGACUUCCUGUCCAGGUUGGGCAUAAGUGCCGUUCAACACCCAAUAGCUUUCGAGCAACUCCCAUCGCGCAGCUUCGCGUACACACCCGGCGCGGAGCAAGAUGUGGAGCUGCGAGUCUUGUACCGCAAUCCGGAUCUCUUACUCACCAACGAAAUUGAUCUCUACUACCGCAACGCUGGCGGCGUCGCAUUCCCGAAGCACACGGUGGUUCAGAUCGAUGGCUCCAUGUACUCUUACGAGGAGUUGCAUAACAUGCGUCAGCCUGCAGAGGACUCUCACACCACCGAGCACGCCGCGUCUCGUCGCAAAGAGCACGAGAAUAAUGCACGGGUGUGUGAGCGCUUCUCCAAUGAACAUCACACGGUAAGACUACCGGAUUUGGACAUGGCAAACUAUCCCUUCCACCAGCAAUUCCUACACUACCGCCCUGCUGACCGAGUGGAAAAGUCGCCACCUCGGUCAUCAGCAGACCUCUGUCCGGGAUAUGUCAACGACGUGUGA